CAAAAAAAUGUCUAAGCAAAGUGUGAGGAAACAUCAUGCAUUAGAGAAACAUAGGGAAAAAGAAAAAACAAGAAGCAAUAAUAUUAGUAGUAAUUUCUUAUUAUCCAAACAUUGGAAAAAAAUUUACCCUAUAGGGUUACAUAAAACAAGUUCUUCUCUUUCACUUUCUUCACUUUCUUUAUCUUUAUCACAAACUUCAAAUGAUUCUUCUAUUACUGAUUCUUCUUCAAUCACUCCAUUGGAUCAAAAAAUCUCUCUAGCACUACGAUUAAUCGCGUCAUCAAGGGAGAAAAAAGAGGGCUCGAGCAUGUCCAAUAAGAACGUGGCUCGAACGGUUAUAAGUCCAACUUGUAACCCUAAUCCAAACCCUAGUAGUGAAGAAGAACUCAUGAGAAGGUGCAAUUGGAUUACUAGUACUAGUGAUAAGGUUUAUGUGCAAUUCCAUGAUGAAUGUUGGGGAGUUCCUGUUUAUGAUGACCAUCAAUUAUUCGAGCUUCUUGCAUUAUGUGGAAUGCUUAUGGAUUUCAAUUGGACUGAAAUUUUAAAGAGAAGGGAACAAAUAAGAGAAGCAUUUGGUGGAUUUAAUGCAAACCAUGUGGCCAAAAUGGGGGAGAGUGAGAUUGAAGAAUUAAUCUCAAAUACAUCACUCAAUUUAGCAGAAAGCAGAGUUAGAUGCAUAUUUGACAAUGCCAAAUGCAUAGUCAAGAUUGUGAGAGAAUAUGGAUCAUUUAGCAGCUACAUGUGGAAUUAUGUGAAUUAUAAACCUAUAAUUAACAGAUUUAGACAUCCAAGAAAUGUUCCAUUAAGAACACCAAAAGCAGAAACAAUUAGCAAAGAUUUAUUGAAGAAAGGAUUUAGAUUUGUUGGGCCAGUAAUUGUUUAUUCAUUCAUGCAAGCUGCUGGAAUGACAAUUGAUCAUUUGGUUGAUUGUAUUAGGCAUAAAGAUUGUGUUAAUCUUGCUGAAAGACCAUGGAGGCAUGUAUGAGUUUAAUUUAUUUUAAUUAUGUAUGUUU